AUUUAUUAUUAAUUUCGGCUAGCCCAAAAUUCAGAACAAAAACAAAUCUCUUUCUCACUCAAGCAACCCAAUAUUUAACUUCAAACCCCACUCACUUUUAGCAGAAGCGAAAAAAAAUUACGACACAGAAAAAUGGGCAGAGCCAUCAUGUUGUUGAUGAUGAUGACGACGACGACGACAAUGCUACAUGUCGUUUUGGCGCAGGAGGCCCCGGCUUCGGCUCCGGGGCCGGCGUCUCCGGAUUGCCAAACGGCCAUUCUGGGGAUGGCGGAUUGCCUGACGUAUGUGACGCCAGGCAGCAAUUUGACAAAGCCGGACAAACCGUGCUGCCCUGAGCUGGCGGAGCUCGUGAAAGACAACCCAAUCUGCUUGUGCACUUUGCUGGCCAACAGCAACAGCAGCAACAGCGUCGGCAUUGAAAUUGAUGUCAACAGGGCUCUUAAGCUUCCCACUGUUUGCAAGGUUCAGACGCCCCCUCCGAGCACCUGUGCACUUCUGGGAAUUCCAGUGGGAGCUCCCACAGCUUCUGAAGCGCCAGCUAACUCUCCUGGUUCAGGGCUUACACCUCAAGGACCCCCUGCUUCCGCUUCAAAGACUGCCGCCUCUGUUAUGGCUUUCCUUGCUGGCUUAGUUAUUGCAGUUCUUCCCAUUUGGUGAUUCAUUUGGAUUUAGAUUUCUUUCAAAACUUUCAUUUACUCGAUUGUUGUUGUUGCCAGAUGAUAUGUUAAUGUUAUUAACUCCAUUAUAUUAUUAAGGAAUUUUUAUUUGUUAA